CGGUUUCCUCGCCUCAGGAGGAUGGAGGUCCUGCAGCUCCUGCGCCUGCUCCUCACUGCCUGCAUGCUGGGCCUUUCCCAGACAGUGAACCCCUUUGUGGCCCAGCAGACACCCCCAGACCCUUGCUACGAUGAGAACGGAGCUGCACGCCGCUGCAUCCCUGAGUUUGUCAACGCUGCCUUUGGGAAGGAGGUACAGGCCUCCAGCACGUGCGGGAAGCCUCCAACGCGGCACUGCAAUGCCUCAGACCCCCGCAAAGCCCACCCGCCGGCCUACCUCACCGACCUCAACACUGCCUCCAACAUGACGUGCUGGCGCUCCGAGACCCUGCACCACUCGCCGCAGAACGUCACCCUCACCCUCUCGCUCGGCAAGAAGUUCGAGGUGGUCUACGUGAGUCUCCAGUUCUGCUCACCGCGUCCCGAGUCCACUGCCAUCUUCAAGUCCAUGGAUUACGGCAAGACAUGGGUGCCUUACCAGUACUACUCCUCCCAGUGCCGCAAGAUCUACGGCAAGCCCAACAAAGCCACCGUCACCAAGCAGAACGAGCAAGAGGCCCUCUGCACCGACGGCCUCACUGACCUCUACCCCCUCACGGGGGGCCUCAUCGCCUUCAGCACCCUCGAUGGGCGGCCCUCUGCCCAAGACUUUGACAACAGCCCCGUGCUGCAGGACUGGGUGACGGCCACUGACAUCCGCAUCAUUUUCAGCCGUCCUCAUCUCUUCCGUGACCUGGGGAGCCGUGACAACGAGGAGGAGGAUGGAGGCACUGGCUCGUCGCCCUACUACUACGCAGUGGGAGAGCUGCAGGUUGGCGGGCGCUGCAAGUGCAAUGGGCAUGCCUCGCGCUGCGUGAAGGACAAGGAGCAGAAGCUGGUGUGUGACUGCAAGCACAACACGGAGGGCCCCGAGUGUGACCGCUGCAAGCCCUUCCACUAUGACCGCCCCUGGCAGCGGGCCAAUGCCAGGGAGGCCAACGAGUGCCUCGCCUGCAACUGCAACCUGCACGCCCGGCGCUGCCGCUUCAACAUGGAGCUCUACAAGCUCUCGGGCAGGAAGAGUGGAGGAGUCUGCCUCAACUGCCGGCACAACACCGCGGGGCGCCACUGCCAUUACUGCAAGGAGGGCUUCUACCGUGACCUGAGCAAAGCCAUCACCGAUCGCAAGGCCUGCAAAGCCUGCGACUGCCACCCAGUUGGAGCAGCUGGUAAAACCUGCAACCAGACCACGGGUCAGUGUCCGUGCAAAGACGGCGUGACAGGCCUCACCUGCAACCGCUGUGCCAAGGGCUACCAGCAGAGCCGCUCGCCGGUGGCCCCCUGCAUCAAGAUCCCUGCCAUCAACCCAACCUCCCUCAUCACCAGCACAGAAGCACCUGCAGACUGUGACUCGUACUGCAAGCCAGCCAAAGGCAACUACAAGAUUAAUAUGAAAAAGUACUGCAAGAAGGACUAUGUGGUUCAAGUGAACAUCUUAGAAAUGGAGACAGUGGCCAGCUGGGCCAAGUUCACCAUCAAUAUCCUGUCUGUCUACAAGUGCCGUGAUGAGCGGGUCAAGCGUGGUGACAACUUCCUGUGGAUUCACAUGAAAGACCUGUCCUGCAAGUGUCCCAAGAUCCAGAUCAGCAAGAAGUACUUGGUCAUGGGCAUCAGUGAAAACUCCACUGAUCGGCCAGGACUGAUGGCCGAUAAGAAUAGCCUGGUCAUUCAGUGGAGGGAUGCUUGGACUCGUCGCCUUCGGAAACUGCAACGGCGGGAGAAGAAAGGGAAGUGCAUGAAACCAUGAG